AUGCAGGCCCUGCGACGGGUAGGCGCGACGACGUUGAGGACGAGCAGCACGACGCUCUCGACGUCCCAGACGCUUAUCGCCUCCUUUUCGACCUCUAGCAGCGCUCGUUCUCCCGCCCCGUCAUCAUCUUCAUCGGCGUCGCAUGCCGCCGCCGUCAGCAACAGCUCGUCUGGUGCCGGCCAGAGUAUCAUCCCGCUCUCCAACAUCCAAGCCCAGUGGGACUCUAUGACCGAGCAGGAACAGUCGCUCGUUCACCGACAGCUCGAGACGUUGCAGGCAAAGGACUGGAGAUCACUCAGCUUGGACGAAAAAAGAGCUGCUUACUAUGUUUCCUUUGGUCCUCAUGGUGCUCGUGUGCCGGUCACAAAGGCUGGAGAACCUAGCAAGGUGGCCCUCGCAGUCGUUGCACUGCUCGCGGUCAGUAGCGCUCUUUGGGCAGUCGCUCGCUCCAGUGCCAACCCACCACCGAAAACAUUGACCAAGGAAUGGGAGCAGGCUGCUACGGAGAAGGCUCGUGAGGCCAAGAUCAACCCUAUCACUGGUCUCUCCUCGGAGGGCUACAAGGGCAAAGGCUUUGUACAGAGCAAAUAA